CAAUCAUCAAGCAAGAGAGGAGAUGAAGGUGCUACCUGCCUCUGGCCUUGCUGUCCUUGUCACAGCUUUAAAGUUUGCCACUGCAGACCCCAACCUACUGGCAGCCACCCCUAGGACCUUCAGGAGCAACUACCACCUUGCACAGGCCUAUCUUGACAAGUAUUAUACAAAGAAAGGAGGCCCCCAGGCUGGCGAGAUGGUGGCAAGAGAAAGCAACCCCAUGAUCAGGAGGAUUAAGGAGCUACAAAUAUUCUUUGGCCUCAAAGUCACUGGGAAGUUGGACCAGAAUACAAUGAAUGUGAUCAAGAAGCCUCGCUGUGGAGUUCCUGAUGUGGCUAACUACCGCCUCUUCCCAGGUGAACCCAAAUGGAAAAAAAAUAUUUUGACAUACAGAAUCUCUAAGUACACACCCUCCAUGAGUCCCACUGAGGUGGACAAGGCAAUACAGAUGGCCCUGCAUGCGUGGAGUACAGCUGUCCCUCUGAACUUCGUUAGAAUAAACUCUGGGGAAGCAGAUAUCAUGAUAUCUUUUGAAACUGGAGAUCAUGGGGAUUCCUACCCAUUUGAUGGGCCUCGAGGGACUCUGGCCCAUGCAUUUGCUCCUGGAGAAGGCCUGGGAGGAGACACACAUUUCGACAAUGCUGAGAAGUGGACUAUGGGAACGAAUGGGUUCAAUUUAUUCACCGUUGCUGCUCAUGAAUUUGGCCAUGCUCUGGGCCUGGGCCAUUCCACAGAUCCAUCAGCACUGAUGUACCCAACUUAUAAGUACCAGAACCCCUAUAGAUUUCACCUCCCCAAGGAUGAUGUGAAAGGGAUCCAAGCAUUAUACGGACCCCGGAAAAUAUUCCCAGGAAAGCCCACCAUGCCCCAUAUCCCACCUCACAAGCCAUCUAUCCCCGACCUCUGUGACUCCAGCUCGUCCUUUGAUGCAGUGACAAUGUUGGGAAAGGAGCUUCUGUUCUUCAAGGAUAGGAUUUUCUGGAGAAGGCAGGUGCACUUGCCAACAGGGAUUCGGCCCAGCACCAUCACCAGCUCCUUUCCCCAGCUAAUGUCCAAUGUGGACGCGGCUUACGAAGUGGCUGAACGAGGCAUUGCUUUCUUCUUCAAAGGUCCUCACUACUGGGUCACUCGAGGAUUCCAUAUGCAAGGUCCUCCACGGACAAUUUAUGACUUCGGGUUCCCAAGGCAUGUGCAACGAAUAGAUGCUGCUGUCUACCUCAAGGAGCCUCAGAAGACCCUUUUCUUUGUGGGAGAGGAAUACUACAGCUAUGAUGAAAGAAAAAAGAAAAUGGAAAAAGACUACCCAAAAAACACUGAAGAAGAGUUUUCAGGAGUGAGUGGCCAUAUAGAUGCUGCUGUGGAACUGAAUGGCUACAUUUACUUCUUUUCAGGACGGAAAACAUUCAAGUAUGAUACAGAGAAGGAAGACGUGGUUAGUGUGGUAAAAUCCAGUUCCUGGAUUGGCUGCUGAGUCGUCAGGUCUCUCCGCAGGGACGAAGAGAGCUGUGAGCAACUGAUGACUGGACAUUACGCACCAAGUCGUGUGUCAGAGACACUCCUCUCCAACCUUCAGUCGUGAGGGUGAUUGAAGGUUCCUUGAAAAUAAUAAUUCUAUUGUUUUUCCUAAUAUUCAUUCACAAUUCUAGUCUAAAUGAGAAACCACCUUUAUUCAAAAUCGCAUAAUAUACCCUUUAGUUAAAUAUUCACUUUUCUCUUACCUACUGUAGUAAAGCAAAUUGAUCACUUUGGUUUCUGUUUGUAGAAAAAGGACUAUGUGCACUCAUGUGUGUGCGCAUACACACACGUGCUUAUGAACACAUACACACAUACAAAUAUUUCAUUAAGCAAGGUCAUUACCAUACAAAUUAAAAUUACUCUUUGAAAAAUAAUGGCCAUCAUUUACUAUGAUGGACAUAAAUGUACUUAUUUGUGCUUUGAAGGUAUCACAAACGAAAUGUACCACCAGGUGUGUUCUUGGCUCUAGCUGUCCUCUUUGUCUCCUACUGGCCUCUGAAGAGGGUUGGUAGACAAACAUUCAAAUUAAUCUUCAUGCUCACAACAGCCAGACACUCUACAACAGGGAGAACUUUUCUAACAAAACCCAAUAAAAAAUGUUGGGUUAGAGGAGUUCCUCAUUUCUCUUUUCUGUUAAUAUUUACUAGCUCUUAUCAUGCUUUAUUUGGCGACAAAUUCUGUGUACUUGUAGAAAAUGUAAAUGAUAGUAUCGAAUGUACACAGAUCCAGGAAAAAUAACCUAGUCUGAUCUAUUUCCUACUUCCUGGUAGCACCUGCAGUGGAGAUCUUUGAUCCACCUCAGUUUCUUCUAAAUAGUUUUCUACUUAAUGAAGUCUAUUUUUUGUUGUUUUUGUUUGUUUGUUUGUUUUAAUUCAAACUAAACCUUUUCUUCCCAACUCUACCCAGUUAAUACAGAAAGAAUAAUUGCUAUUAGUCUUAUGGUUUUGAAAAUUUUUAGUACUAGAAUUCUAGAACCAGUCUAGAGAAACUCUACAACAUUUUAGGAGUUCUAAAAUUAAAUAACAUUUUUACUUCAUAGGUUACAUAGAAGAACUAGUUUAUAACACUUAUAACCUGUUACUGUUAGCAUUGUUUAUUAAAUUUGCUUCAUAUAGUCAUGAAAAGACUAACUGAUACUCUGUUACUGCAAGUGUUCCAUUUGGCUUCUCUUAGUGAAAGUCACUGUGCAUACCCAACCGGAUGUUGACUGUUGAAGACAAUAUCUGGUAUCUUUGCUGUCUAAGCUCAAGGUGCCCUGUUGAGAAGGAAAGCCAUUUCACUUUUAUUGCAGGCUGGAAAUGUCUUACUAUCAAUAAGCAAAAAACAAAAGUAAACAAACAGCGACUAGAGAGAUAGAUGGUCAGAGGCUAAGAAUGCUUGCUGCUCUUCCAAGGACCUGAGUUCAGUCUCCAGCACCCACAUGGACAACUUACAACCAUCUGUUAACUCUGGUUCCAGGCAAUCUGAUCCUCUCUGGUGGCUUCCUUGGGCGCCUGCACAUAUGUGUGCAUAUUGACAUGCAUACAUAUAAAUAUAAAUAGUUUCAAAAACAAACAAAGAGCAAAGACUUCAUGAUGUUAAGCAGAAACCCAGCAACUACACUACUGUGUGUGUAUACCUGUGAUAAAUUAAAGCACAAAAACUUGCACACCAGUGUUCACGGCAGCAUUAUUCACAAUAGUCAAAUGUGGAAAGAUGUCCAUCACGUGAUGCAUGUAUGAAUAAAUGUGGUAGAUUCAGACAAUGAAAUGUGUAUUAAAC